UCAACACCUCAAUUUCAUACCACCCAUGCCAAUUAACCUCUAUUUUUCAAUGAAGUUCGAAUAAACUAAAGACUUUCCUUAAUUGUGAACAGUUCUUUUACUAGAUUUGUCGAUUUUCUUCUUUAGAAGUAAACAACUUCACCCUUUCUCCCCGCCAUUGUGGCAUUUCAUAUACACUCACAAUAAUGCCACCACGAAAACCACAGUAUGGCUUUCGCCGUGGAGGAAAGCAAGCAUAUCAUGGACCUCGGAAAGCGAAAACCUUCGAAAGGUCAUCCGGCAGAAAUGAAGGCACAUCUUUGGAGGAAAAGUUAGAAGCUGUUAAACUGGGCCAUUCAGUAGAUGAAGCCAUGGGGUUUCCGCGGCAUGAAUCUGGCAAGAAGAAGAUUGGAUGGUUGGUUAAUAUAAAGGCUACAACAGUUGAGGACGAGAAGCAUUUGGAAGGUCGAGCUGGAGUCGAUUGCUACUUUAUUGAGGAUGAUGGAGGAACUUUCAAAGCGACAGUCGAAUAUGAACCUUAUUUUCUGGUCGCGGUCAAGAGAGGAUAUGAGCCAGAGGCUGAAGAAUGGCUGAAAAGGGCUCCGGGUGGUGGAGUUGUGAAGAGUAUAAAAAGAGUGGAAAAAGAGGAUUUGUCAAUGCCAAAUCAUCUACUGGGUUACAGGCGGACUUUCUUUGAGUGCAGGUUUAGGAAUGUGUCGGAUCUGCUGGCAGCUAGGAAGGAUAUUAUGCCGGUGGCGGAGAAGAAUAAAAAGAAUAUGAAUGCGAUGGAUACUUAUGCGGAAGUUGCCAGGUAGGUUUUGAAGACAUUGAAAGAUUUUAGGGAGGAGACUAACCUAGAACUAGUGCAAAUGCUGGAUUCGACCUUUUUGACGACUCACGAGAUGAUGAUAAACGACUUAAUGUUUCUGUUGCGGAGGGUAGUGACUUUAUUGUAGAUAUUAGGGAAUGGGAUGUACCGUACCAUGUACGGGUAAUGAUAGAUCAAGGUAAUGAAGGGUAUGCAGCUCAUUAGCAGUCAAACUGACAUAAUGCAGAUAUAAGAACGGGAAAAUGGUAUUCGGUGGAGGCAAAACACGGCACGACGAAAUUAAAAUGUCUCGAAGACCGUUUAGCAAGAGCCGAUCCAGUAGUUAUGGCAUACGAUAUUGAAACGACGAAACUUCCUUUAAAAUUUCCAGAUGCAACAAUCGAUCAGAUUAUGAUGAUAUCGUACAUGAUAGAUGGGCAAGGGUUUUUGAUCACGAACCGAGAGAUCGUUUCUGAAGACAUCGAGGAUUUCGAAUAUACACCAAAACCUGAAUACGAUGGACCUUUUAUGAUUUUUAAUGAACCCGACGAGAAGGCUGUUAUCGAACGUUUCUUCCUCCAUAUUAAGGAGGCACGACCUACAGUAAUAGCUACAUAUAACGGAGAUUUCUUCGAUUGGCCCUUUGUGGAUGCGCGAGCAAGUGUUAAUGGUAUUGAUAUGUACCGGGAGAUUGGAUGGCGCAGGAGUCAAAGCGAGGAUCAGUACAUAUGUGACUAUAGUGCUCACAUGGAUUGUUUCCAUUGGGUCAACCGUGAUAGUUAUCUGCCUCAAGGAAGUCGAGGUCUGAAAGCUGUAACAACAGCAAAGCUCGGUUACGAUCCCGAUGAAAUUGAUCCGGAAUUGAUGUUGAGAUAUGCCAGCGAGAAACCUCAGACGCUCGCAGAAUAUUCCGUCUCCGAUGCUGUAGCAACAUACUAUUUGUACAUGAAAUACGUACAUCCGUUCAUUUUCUCUUUAUGUACUAUUAUUCCUCUAGGACCAGAUGCAGUUUUGCGAAAAGGGACAGGAACCCUUUGUGAGAUGUUACUCAUGGUACAGGCUUACCAAAAAGAAAUCGUUCUGCCUAAUAAGCAUGUGUCACCGAAAGAAUCAUUUUGGGAAGGUCAUUUACUAGAGUCAGAAACCUAUGUCGGUGGACAUGUCGAGAGUAUUGAGGCCGGUGUCUUUAGGGCUGACAUACCUGUUAAUUUUGCGGUUGAUACAACCGCUAUCGAUGAACUUCUUGAGGACUUGGAUGCUGCACUAAAAUUCAGUAUCACGGUAGAAGAGAAGAAAUCGCUGGAUGAUAUCGACAAUUACGAGGAAGUUAAACAACAAAUCACAGAACGUCUAAAUAGUCUUAAGAAAACCGCAAAUCGAAGCGAGAAACCCCUGAUUUAUCAUUUGGAUGUCGCUUCCAUGUAUCCGAACAUUAUGACGACAAAUCGACUGCAGCCGGAUUCUAUGAUUCAAGAAUCAGAUUGCGCGGCAUGCGAUUUCAAUCGACCUGGUAAAACAUGCGAUCGAAGAAUGCCUUGGGCAUGGAGAGGCGAAUAUCUUCCAGCGAAGAGGGACGAGUAUCUUAUGAUCAGGCAUUCGCUUGAGAAUGAACGAUUUCCAGGAAAAUAUCCUAACCAACCAAGCAGAACUUUUCAGGAUCUUUCAUAUGAAGAGCAAGCUGGGCUGAUUCGGAAGCGCUUGCAAACGUACAGUCAGAAGAUCUAUCACAAGAUUCACGACCAGACCACGAUUGAAAGAGAAGCAAUUAUUUGUCAACGAGAAAAUCCCUUUUAUAUCGAUACUGUGAAGGACUUCAGAGAUCGUCGAUAUGAUUACAAGGGUAAACAGAAAGUCUGGAAAGGCAAGACUGAUGCUCUCAAAUCAGCGGGUGCCCCGGCAGCUGAGGUCGAAGAUGCGAAGAAAAUGAUUGUAUUGUUCGACUCCCUACAAUUGGCUCACAAGGUCAUUCUGAACUCCUUUUACGGUUAUGUGAUGAGAAAAGGUUCUCGAUGGUACUCUAUGGAGAUGGCUGGUGUCACGUGUUUGACUGGAGCUCACAUUAUUCAAAUGGCUCGACAGCUAGUUGAACGAAUUGGACGUCCUCUAGAACUGGACACAGAUGGUAUUUGGUGUAUGCUUCCGGCCACAUUUCCUGAAAAUUAUGCCUUCAAGAUGAAGAACGGCAAGAAACUCGCCAUCUCGUACCCUUGCGUCAUGUUGAAUCAUCUUGUUCACGACAAAUUCACGAAUCAUCAAUACCAAACCCUUACUGAUCCGAAAACCUUCAAGUACGAAACGCAUAGCGAUAAUUCCAUUUUCUUCGAAGUCGACGGUCCUUAUCGUGCUAUGAUUUUGCCUACUUCCAAGGAAGAAGACAAGAAUUUGAAGAAACGUUAUGCUGUGUUCAACGACGACGGUAGUUUAGCGGAAUUGAAGGGAUUCGAGGUGAAGCGAAGAGGAGAGUUGAAACUCAUCAAGAUUUUUCAACAGCAAAUCUUCAAAUUCUUCUUGGAGGGCACAACCCUUGAAGAGACCUAUCAAGCAGUUGCAAAAGUUGCGAAUCAAUGGCUUGAUGUUCUCGACUCUAAAGGGAAAACUCUCGCCGAUGCGGAGCUUAUCGAUCUCAUUUGUGAAAACAGAAGUAUGUCAAAGAGUUUAGAGGAAUAUGGCUCACAAAAGUCAACUUCCAUUACUACUGCAAAGCGUUUGGCCGAGUUCUUGGGAGAACAAAUGGUGAAAGAUAAAGGUUUGAAUUGCAAGUAUAUUAUUUGCGCCAAGCCAAGACAUGCACCCGUCACAGAACGAGCUGUGCCGGUUGCUAUCUUCUCAUCGGAUAUAUCGGUGAAGCGACACUUUUUGCGCAAAUGGUUGAAGGAGGAUCCGACAGAUAUGGAUCCAAGAGCUCUUUUGGAUUGGGAUUAUUAUUCUGAACGUCUUGGCUCUGUCAUCCAGAAGCUAAUUACCAUUCCUGCGGCUCUUCAGAAAUGUUCAAAUCCGGUGCCGAGAGUAGCACAUCCAGAUUGGCUACAAAGAAGAAUUCGGAUCAAGGAUGAUAAGAUGAAGCAAAAGAAAAUGACUGAUAUGUUCGCCAAGACACCUCUUGAGGACAUAUCAAACUUGCAGGACCCAAGAAUGGCCGAUAUGGAGGAUUUUGGCACACAACUUCUGAAGCCGAAGACGCUAGGUUCACAGCUCAAUGCAGCGUCGCAGAAGCCCAUGAAGAGAAAAUCUGCUGAACCUGCGGUAGCAGUAUCCAUAAAUCCAUUUGCCGCGCUUCCUGAAAAAAUGCCGUCACCGAGCGAAGAUUAUGAAGGAUUCUUAGAGUAUCAAAAACAGAAAUGGAAGAUUCAGAAACAGGCGAGAAUACGUCGUCGACAUCUAUUUGGUGAAAACCGUGGUGCCCAAAGCAAUAUUGCGACGACUUUCCAGAAUCAAGCUGAACAGUUGUUCAAGAGCACGUGGCAAGUCUUACAAUUGAGGGGGACUGAAAGUCCAGGUGUUGUUCUUGCGUUCGUUCUUAUUGACUGGAAAGUACACACAUUGAAAGUUAAAGUUCCGAGAACAGUCUUCCUAAAUUUGAAAGGCAGGGAAUUGCCAGAUAUCGAGAUUGAUGGUUGUGAAGCUGAGAAAGUUAGCCAUACACUGCCGAACGGACAUCCAUCGGUUCAUUUGUUCAAACUCACAAUGUCUGAAGAUGUCUAUGUCAACGAAGCACAGAAGAUAUCUUUACUUUUCAAUCACCCGAGUGUGGAGGGUGUUUAUGAAAAGCAAGUUCCACUCAAUAUCCGUGCCGUACUCCAACUGGGUAGUCUGUGUACCUUUGAUGAGACUCAGCCUGGAGUUCUCGGAAAAGGUCUUGAGCAAGGUUUCGAUCUAUCUGGACUUCGUCGCGCUUCGCCAAGGAAUCCAUAUCUCUCACAUUCACCAAUGGCAUAUCUCUACCUCUACCAUGUUAUUGCUGGAGAUAGACAGAUCUUUGCACUUUUCUCGACUUCGAAGGAGCAGGCACAUGUUGUCAUCCUUCAGAAGACUAAGGUUGCUGAGCAGGAUUUGCCCAACAUUGCGAAGACCUACGCGGACUGCAUCGCCAAACGUCAUCAGGAUGCUAAUGGAGGAGUGUGGCAAAAUUGUUUUGAUUAUCAAGAAAAGAUCCAGUUUAAAAUCAGUCAGGUCACAACAAGGAGGAAAGCAUUACUCGAGGUCGGUGACAUGGUAAAGAAAAUGAAGAACGAUGAAAUAAAGCCGCUCAUGCUUGUCGUACAAUCUCCGCAAAGAAGAUUACUUGUACACGAUGUACCCAUUCUUGGAGAUUUGCCGAUACUUCCGCUGAAGUCCGAUAUCCAGGAUAGCAAGCUUCCUCCUCUCAACUGGCAAUCUGUCAUUGCAAAGCGUUUGGUGAACCACUACUUGAGUCUCGGGGAAUGGGUUGUUCAUUUAACUGAGCUCGCGAGAUAUGGGGAUGUACCACUUUGUAAUCUUGAAAGAGAUGAUCCUCGAUUUUUGAUCGAUGUAGCCUAUGCCAGAAGAUUGCAAAAGAAUAAUGUUGUUUUGUGGUGGUCUGCUGGUCCCAAGCCAGAUCAUGCUGGCUAUGAACUCGAUGAUGUGCUCGGUGGUCUUGAUACGGUGCAAAUGCCAUCUGUUAAUAACCCUGGUACUUACCCUUCUGUUUGUAUUGAGCUUGAUGUCAGAAACUUGGCUAUCAAUACUAUCCUGACUUCCUCUUUGAUCAAUGAGCUCGAGGGUAGCGACUCGAUAUCUUUCAAUCCUGCUGCACCGUCUGAUGAUGCACCCAGUGAUGGUACUAAUGUUCUCUAUGCUGAGAAUGCCUUUGCUACCGCCGGUGUUACAGUCCUUCGAGAAAUGGUCAAAGCUUGGUGGACUGAAGCCUGCAAAGGUAGUAGCAUGGCGGAUAUCAUGGUCCAGCAUCUUGUACGCUGGGUUGAAAAUCCUGACUCAUUCCUAUAUGACCGGUCAUUACAUUACUAUGUCCAGAUGAUGUCUCGAAAAGCAUUCCAGCAGCUCAUGACCGAUUUCAGACGUGUCGGAUCUCACGUCGUUUUCGCCAAUUCAAAUCGACUGCUAUUGCAAACAACAAAAGCCGAAGUCGGGAACGCAUAUGCGUAUAGUCAAUAUAUCCUCAAGUCGAUCAAAGCAAAGCCACUAUUCCAUUUUCUUGACCUUGAAAUCAAGGAGUAUUGGGAUUAUCUAGUCUGGUACGACGAAUUCAAUUAUGGUGGCAAAGGUUGCUCGGAAGUCGUUGAAGCUGAAAAUCAAAAGCUGGAUAACAUCAUGCAUUGGCAACUGAGUAAUUUCCUCCCUGAGAAAUUACAACAAAUAUUCAACGACUGGGUUCUAGAAUUUAUCGAUAUAAUGCACGGCCUGAAGAAACCUCAUCUCGGCAUCGAUUCUACACCUCGAGCCACCCAACUUCCAGUCCGAAAUCUAGGCGACGACAAGGAAGAUAAGAUCAUCCUUGGGAAAAGCUUCGAAAAGCCCCUGAAGAAACAAAUCGCCGGUAUAAUCCGCAGACAAAAAGACGAAAUGCUCCAUCCCGAACUCGCCGAAGAUUACAAAUUCCCCAUCCUCCCGGGUUCGCACCUCAAACCCACAAACCCAGCCCUAGAACUCGUAAAAAGUCUCAUGCAAGUACUAUCCCUCGACAAAAACAUCACACUAGAAGCGCGUCUCCUCCGCAAAGAACUCCUCGAAAUGUUUGAAAUCCGCGAAUUUUCCCACGAUGCCAAAUUUCAAAAUCCUUCCAUCUCGGCUAAACUCUUCACCGUCGUCUGCGACUCCUGUACCACGUCGCGCGAUAUGGAUUUCUGUCGCGACGAGGAUUUACUUCCGAAUGCUGAGGGAAGCUGGAGUUGGAAAUGUGCGUUUUGUCAUCUCGAGUUUGAUCAUUUGGGUAUAGAGGAGAGGAUUAUUGCGGAGGUUAUGGCCGUCCUGGCCGAGUGGGUCGGUCAGGAUUUAAAGUGUAAGAGGUGUGCAGGCCUUAAGGUUAAUGAUUUGAGGCAGGGGUGUGGGUGUGGGGGAGUGGGGGAGAGUGUGGAUCGCGCGGUGGUGAGGAAGAAGGUUGAGGGGUGGGGGUGUGGCGAAAGCUUAUGGGUUGAGGAUGUUGGGGGCGGUUAUGGAGGAGGUCUUGGGGGGACUGUAGGAUUGGUUGCUUGGUUGGUUCGAGUUUUGGGAUGGGGCUAGGGCUGGAACUAGGGUUGGAGCUUUGGUUUAUUUUUGGGUGCUGGUAGGGACUUUGUGGAAUAUGGAUCGAUUUGCUGAAUUGCAUAGCGUUUCGUGUUUACCGAUUAUAUAACCUAUGUUCCGGAUUCCGAAAUGAAAAUCUGAGAUGAGCUCAGCUGAGUUCGGAAUAUCAAAACUGCGUAAUGGUGUGGAACAUAUCACAUAAUCGAAGACUUUUU